GAGAAUUUAGAUUCGGGGUCGGGCUGGAUCACACCUCCACUGGACUCGCAGGCAUCGAGGAGGAGCCGAGAUUCCCGCAGGGUUGGUGCUGGACUCCCCCCUCCUCAAAUAUAAAGCCCCCUCAUGCUGGAGGAGAUCCUGGAACACAAUCCGCAAACCUCAGCUCCAAAUCUCCUUCUCGCACAUCCUCAGAGCAUCUCUUUGAAAACUCAUUUUAAAGUGAAAAAGUUUAUUUGAUUUUUUUUUUCCAAUUCGACAUCACUCCGAGUGAAAGAGUACAACUUGUGCGACUAAGUCCGCAACUUUGGCGGGCGAGCAGCGCGCACAUGGCUGCCCUCAUCAGCGCGUACUCGUCUUGGCCCGAGUCCUUCGAGUGUCCCCCGGCGGACGGCGACGUCGCGGACGCGCACGGCCCGCACAGAGCAGCCGGGGACAAGGCGCCGGAGCCCCGCAUCAGGCGGCCCAUGAACGCCUUCAUGGUGUGGGCCAAGGACGAGAGGAAACGGCUGGCCGUCCAGAACCCAGACCUGCACAACGCCGAACUUAGCAAGAUGCUGGGCAAGUCGUGGAAGGCCCUAACCCCUCCCCAAAAGCGUCCCUACGUGGAGGAAGCGGAGCGUCUGCGCGUGCAGCACAUGCAGGACUAUCCCAACUACAAGUACCGCCCUCGCCGCAAGAAGCAGCUCAAGCGCAUCUGCAAGCGCGUGGACCCCGGGUUCCUCCUGGGCGGCCUGGCGGGACCCGACCAGAACUCCCUUCCCGAGCAGCGCGCCCUCUGCCGCCCCCUGGAGAAGGGCGCGGGCAGCCCUGUGGGCGUCCGCAGCGGCUUCUCCAGCUUGAGCCCCGCUCUGCCUGGCGUGCGAAGCUUCCGAGACUCCGCCGCGUCAAACAGUUUCGACACCUACCCCUACGGCCUACCCACCCCGCCGGAGAUGUCCCCCUUGGAUGCUGUGGACCACGAGCACGUACCCCCUUCCUAUUAUCAACAUCCUGAGGAGCCGCACCAAAGUCACAUGAGCAGCCCGCCGCCAUACCACAUGGACUACACCCAGACCCAAAUCCAUUGUGGUGGCGCACACAUGCCCCACAUGGUCCCUACAGGUGGCGGCGGCGGCCAAGGACUGAUAACUCCUUUCUCUUACUACAGUCCCUCCCACUUCCCUCAAAUUCACCUCCACCAUCAAGGCCACCUAGGGCAGCUGUCCCCGCCCCCGGAGACGCAGGCUCACCUGGAGACGCUGGACCAGCUGAGUCAGGCCGAACUCCUGGGCGAGGUGGACCGUGACGAGUUUGACCAGUACCUGAACUCCACCGGGGGCGGCUUCCAUGCCGAGCAGGUCACGGUCACGGGCCACGUCCAGGUGUCCUCCGCCUCCCCCCCCGUCUCCACCUUGACGUGUCCUAGCAGCACCACGGAGACCAGUCUCAUCUCGGUGCUGGCCGACGCCACCGCCGCCUACUACAACAACUACGGCAUCUCAUGAGGCGGUCCCGGCGAUCAGAGACGCUUUCAAGAAGCCUGAUUGAGAGGGUGCCACAAGACUAGGAGCAGAACCUGAGAGGAGCACUCAAACAAGACACCUCAGGGGGACCACCUGUACAUUUCAAAACAGUACUUGUAAAUGUAGAACCACUAAAGAUGUGUACAGACGCUAAUUUAAUUCAAUCCCGGCGCUCCACUGUGGGAGUCAUCGUAAUUGUUUUUGUCAAUGCUUCCUAUGAAAUAAUAUAAACUAUAUUAUAAUCACAACCUCUAUAAAGACACAAUAAUUUAACUGCAGUAUUAAUGUAUGUUGGUUUUGAAAAUUGUGGAUAAUGGAAAGUAGCAUUUUUUUUUCUUUCUUUGAAAUUUCACAUUUUCGGUGUCCUGUACAAAGCGAAAGAGUCCUGAAUAAAGGCAAAUAAGUAAAAGGUAGACGUGUUGUCGUGCUGCACGCCCACACCUUAAUAUCAUCAUCCUGCUCUUUGAAGAGGAUUAGACCGCCUCCAUCCCACCACCCUGCUUUUGUGCCGUUCUUCAUGUACGCGUCUAUCUUGCUGAUGCAGACCUUUCAUAAUCUCAGUGUACAUAAAUAAAUAAAAUACGGGAAAAA